AUCAGUUUUCUGCUUUUCGGUCAUAUUCAUUUUGAGUAUUUGCAGAAUGACCGUAGACUCUAUUCCAUUGAAUACCGGAGCUCAGCUUCCACUUUUCGGAUUGGGAACGUGGCAGGUGAAGGAUGAAGCUGAGCUGACUGUGGCUCUUCGUGCAGCUCUUGAUGCUGGAUACAGACUUAUUGACACUGCUCACCUCUACCAAAACGAGCACAUUAUUGGAAAAGUGCUCCAUGAGUACAUCUCAUCUGGAAAACUGAAACGCGAGGACAUCUUCGUCACCUCUAAACUUCCAUUUACCGCUCACGCCCCGGAAGAUGUUCCAAAAUGUGUGGAAAGCCAAUUGAAGGCGCUUCAACUUGAGUAUAUUGACCUGUAUUUGAUCCAUUGCCCAUUCCCAUUCAAACAUCAGGAGGGAAGCUUUGCUCCAUUGAUGGAGAAUGGAGAGCUUGCUGUUACAGAAAUCGCUCAUAUUGAUACAUGGAGAGCGUUGGAGAAGUUGUACAAGGAGGGAAAGCUUAAGGCCCUUGGAGUAUCCAACUUCAGUUGCAACCAGCUUCAAGCGCUCUAUGACGCCGCCGAAGUGAAGCCAGCCAACCAACAAGUCGAGUGUCACAUCUAUUGGCCACAACAAGAGCUCCGUGCUCUGUGCAAAAAACUCGGAGUCACUGUUACAGCAUACGCACCACUUGGCUCACCAGGCAGAAAAGCUGCUCGUCCGGACGGUGUCUGGCCGGAAGGUGACCCACUUCUCGAGCCAAUCGUCAAACAACUGGCUGCCAAGUAUCACAAAACUGCUGCACAGAUUCUCAUUCGCCACCUGACUCAACACGGUAUUUCGACGAUUCCGAAGAGUGUCAGUCCGGACAGAAUUGUUGAGAAUAUCUCGACGUUUGAUUUUAAGCUGAGCGAUGAGGAUAUGCACACUUUGAACAGUAUCGAGACCAGAACUAGACUUUUCAUCGCUGAUUUCGCUGUCAAGCAUCCAUUCUUCCCACACGACGACAUUGACACCUCCAAAGUUCCAAAAGUUGGGAUCAGACUUCACUAGACUUUUGGCUCAACUUGUGAAUUAGAAAACAAAAUGGAUUGUAGAACUCUUUAUCGCACAUUUCUUAUUAUGAAUAUUUGUAAUUUUGAUUCGAAAUAAUGAAGUACAUCAUAUAUAUAUAUAUAU